AUGACUGUAAUUACUUUUUUUUAUUUUUGAUAUUAUUUCUUACCUAUUGGCUGAAUAAAGAAUUUUGAUUCGAUUUAUUUUUUUAUUUUUAGAUUCAAUAGUAUAAUAAAAACUUAACAUUUUCAAAUACUUAUAAACAUACUAAUUGUUAAGUAACUCAAGGAGGUAAACUUGUUGCUGAAGUUGCAAAUUCUCAUUAUUGUUUUUGUGUUUGUGAAUAACCAAUUCCUAAAGCAGGCAAAAUACAAUUUACAUUCUAAAUACUUACCGGAUCAGAUUUUUUUGUUGGAAUAGGAUUUAAAGAUAUAAUGUAAUAAAAGAAUUAUUAUGAUUGUAAUAAUUCUGGGUAUGGGUAUAUAAAUAAAUCAUAAUAGAACGUAUUUAAUCAAAGAGAAUGGUCCUACUUAGUCUCAUGAUAACAAAGAUAUACAUGAUAAAUAAUUAUCAUUAGAUAAAUAUAUUAAAUGGAGUAAAUAGAAUAAUCCACAAAAAACAUUUGCUGUAAAUAUAAAAAUGAUUAUUAGAAACAGUGGAUAGAUACAUCAUAACAAUUAUAUCCAUGUGUUGGUCUUGGUAGAAAAGCUUAAAUAAAAAUAUUAAAUUGA